GGAGGACACGCAGGCAUUACCAUAAUUCCGUUGAUAUCGCGCAGCAACCCGUCGGUGUCGUUCCCCAACGACAAACUCGAUGCGCUCACCAAACGGAUCCAGGACGCCGGCACCGAAGUGGUGCAGGCGAAGGCCGGAACGGGUUCGGCCACUCUGUCGAUGGCGUUCGCCGGCGCCCGGUUCGCCGUAUCUCUUUUGGAGGCACUGAAUGGCAAAGAAGUGAUUGAAUGCGCGUUCGUCAAGUCGGACGUCACGGAAGCCGCGUAUUUCUCCACACCAUUAGUCUUAGGCAAAAACGGCGUCGAGAAGAACCUGGGGUUAGGAAAACUGUCGGAAUUCGAGCAAAAUCUGGUGAAAGGCGCGAUCGCGGAGCUCAAGAGUAGUAUCAAAAAAGGCGAAGCGUUUGUCAAUAAAUGAUUGAUUGGAUGACAAUAGACGACAAUUAAUACACGAAUAGAAAAGUGAAUGUAAAAUGCAUUUAGAGUGUAGUGAAUGUAUUGUAUAAUAUCAUGAAACUAUGAGAAAUGUGCAUAAAUUAAAUAAAAUGACAGCAAUUGUUUUUGUUUGAAAUUUAUAAA